CCCCACUCCACGACACGGCAAUAAAGAGAGAAGGGCACGCAGUGUGUCCGCUUAGUCGCCUGCGACCAGCGACAGUUCCUCACCGCUUGCUUGCCAUCAACCACAGUCUCCCGAGUUCACCGUCCGUUGUCAGACUCCACCAGCCAAGAUGCCUGAGGAGAAAAGAGUCAGCAAGAUCUCGGCUUCUCGCAAGCUCAUGCUUAAGAGCUUGAUGCUCGCCAAGGCCCAGGAGGACCUGGAGAGAGAGAAGCGUGAUCGAGAGGACGACAAGCACAACGUGCUGACGGAGCGCGUGCCGCCUCUACAGCUGUCGGGGUUCACUCUGCAGCAGCUGCAGGAACUCUGCCGGGAGCUGCACCAGAAGGUGGACGUGGUGGACGAGGAGCGAUAUGACAUCGAGUACAAAGUAAAGAAAUCCCAGGCGGAGAUCACCGACCUGAACCAGAAGAUCUUCGACCUCAAGGGAAAGUUCAAGCGUCCCAACCUGAAGCGCGUCCGCAUGUCGGCCGACGCCAUGCUGCGCGCCCUGCUGGGCUCCAAGCACAAAGUGUCCAUGGACCUCAGGGCCAACCUCAAGUCCGUCAAGAAGGAGGAUACAGACAAGGAGCGGCAAGAAGUUGGGGACUGGCGCAAAAACAUCGAGGCUCUGUCCGGCAUGGAGGGACGCAAGAAGAUAUUCGACUCCCAGGGCGGACAGUAAAGCAACAGAGGCAUGGAGCUCAAGUGGAGUCAAACACGGAGUCGUCCGACCCGCAACACCAAACUUCCGUCGUCACUCGACUUACAAUUCAAUUUAUUUUUGCUUGCGUGGCCCUUUGCUCAAACGCAUAUAAACCCACUCGGAGGAUCGACAAGAUGCGAUCGAUAAUUAUAAGUCCGUUAAAAAACAAAAGAACACAUCCCAAUGAAGACCAGGGCAAAUCUGUACACCAUAUGUGUGCGUGGUGUCCGUGACCUUAAUCAAUCAUAGCAUAAUCGUUUGAUCAUUACACCACCAAUAAUGUACACGUCCCUAUUUUGUUUAAAUGUAUUUAAGUCACAGCCAAUGAGAAUAAGGGUAUGUUUCCUAUAAGAGAUGUGACUUUUUGCACACAAUUAUAAGCCCAGUGUGUGUGCGUGUGCAAAAUAUUCGUUUUAAUAGACAAUGUUGAUCUGUACUUGCAGUGAGCCCAUUGCUUACAAGCACAAUGCAGAAUCAAGCAUCAAUAUAACCCACAGCAUGCAAAGUCUAUUACACAUCAUGCACUCUUCAAGUACCAAUUGGCGGGGAAGGCAACAGUAAGUUUUCCUAGAGAUUAAAUUCGCACCCGCCAUAGGAAUAUGGAUUCUGACCCCCCCUCCUCCUCCCACAACUGGCGCAAGUUUAUAAACAGGAGAUGAACAUAGCGAGUUAAUUCUUGGUAAGAUCAUCGUGGAGGCAUAAUGCCAAUGUUCAGCUACAGCAUCUGCCACCCGACAGGGCCAAUCAAAAACGAGUUGUCACGCAGGGGCAAGUAUGCGAAUUAAAUUUGUUUUCAGCACUGUAUCUACGCACGGACGUUGAACUUCUUUCGCAUCGCACGUAGCUAACGGUGCGAAUCGGAACAAACUGGAGGAUUGUUGAAACGCAGAGAAAAUACUGACAAUUGUCAAAAUAUUCCAAUCCCAAUCGGCAUGCCAUUCCCAAUCGGCACAUCAAUAUCAAUCGGCACACCAAUAUCAAUCGGCAAACCAAUAUCAAAUCGGCAUACCAAUAUCAAAUCGGCAUACCAAUCUCAAUGUGAAUACACAAUUUGCCCACGUGGCGACUAUAUUUGUUUAGCGGAGGGUAUAGCUGAGCAUUGGCUUUAUACACGACACAACGAUUUAAACCGAAAAUGUACGAGUAAUAAUAUUGGUCGUUCACGGCCCACGCGUACAAUUCGGAGAUGAGUGAAGGCCCCGAUAGCUCGUUUGACGAAGACGUCGCUGUGUUUGACCCCGGUGCGAAGCGUGGGCUGGGACGACUAAAGGGGAGAGGUAAAACGGAGGGCAGCACGUGGGGCUGGCCAUAACCAAGCUGCCUCGACAGGAGCCGCGGACGAAUAGCGCAUGUCGUAGUGGGGGGGGGGGUACCUUCAUUCAUCCAGCAGUGGAGUGAGACUGGCAACGCAUUUGUGUAUGCUUGUGCUGUCCCGUGUGUUUGCAGACUGUAGGGUUUGGUGUUAAUAAAGGGUGAUGGCUGCUC